GUUAGUAAAUAAAUCACUGAGGAUCGAGAGGAGCGGCGGUGGGCGUGGUUUGUGAGGCUCUCAGGUUGUGUAGAUAAAACUUACUGCUCCGUUAAAAGCUCGUCUAGGCUCGAGGAGCUCACGCGGACUGUUCGAGCUGGAGCUUAACUGCAUAUUCCUCACCAGACAUGGAGGAGAAAGACGAAGAUAUCGUGACCCUUCCUGGCCCACCCUCUUCCACUCUGGAAGCUCCUCUCAUAUUUUUUUUCUGUUUGUGUGGAUCAUAUUCAACUCACAUCGAUGAGGAUUCGGUUUGUGCAGAGGUUAUCAACCCACUCCUCCCUGGCUAUUCCACAUGGUUGUUUCAUUCCAUCUCUGAAUACUUGUGCAUUUGAUCCCAGCAUUCCAGAGGAGGGUCCUUCAGCACCCCCUCCUGGCUGGUUGGACAGUGUAUCAGGCUAUGAGGACCAUCUAGGAGAUUGCACAGAUCAGAUCUGCCCUCCUCCUCCUGACUUUGUCCCCCAUCCUGAAAAUGACAGGAAUGCGUCCGUCCCUAAAGUGAUGGUGCCUCAGGUGUCUGAAGAUGUGGCCAGGGAGGCUUUGCUCAAGUUUGUGGGGAAAAAGUGGACAUACAGCAGCAAGCCAGCUCAAAACCUGGUCUUCAAGGAUCUGAAGCCAUUUACAGUAUAUCGUUAUCGCUUGGAAACCUUUACUGAGUCCAGAUCAAGUGCCUGGGAGUGUGAGACAUACACCGGGCAGUUUGUAGACGGACCCCAGUAUGGCAUGAUCCCCCAACCGUGGCAAGUGGAAGUACAGUAUCCACCCAAAUUCACUGACACGGUUCAGAAAGUGCGUGUGCCUCACACCUCAUCUGUAAAGCCUUGUUACCAGUGUCGUGGAAAGGGACGAGUACGUUGUACUCACUGCCACGGCAGAGGACGAAUGCAGUGCAUUUCUUGUCAUGGUUCUGGUCAUGGUCGCAACAGAAGAUGUGCUGGCUGUCAUGGAGGAGGAAGAAGAGUAUGUACAUGGUGUCAUGGUAGCGGCCAUAGGACUUGCCGCAAAUGUAAUGGGCAUAAAAAGCUCUUGCAUUUCAUUCAGCUCACAGUGACAUGGAAGAACCAAGUGUAUGAGUUUGUACCCGACCGGCAGCCUGAGUUCCCCAUGAAGAAGUUUGAGAAAGUGUCUGGGGAAGCGUUCUUCAUAGAUGAAAGUCUCCUGGUCUAUCCAGUAGAUGGCUUCCCUGUCCAAGAGAUUUGCAAUGCCUCUAAAGAAGCGACCCAGGAGCAUCUGCUCAAGUAUUCCGCCUCCAGUCGCAUCUUACAACAGCGACAGACAAUCGAGCUGGUUCCUCUUACUCAUGCCUUUUACUCCUACAAUGGGAAAGACUAUGACUAUUUUGUCUAUGGGACUGAAAAUAAGGUUUACACCACUAAAUAUCCGACUUCCUGCUCUAUACUGUAACAUUCACAUUAUAUCUAUGUUGGACAGGAAUUCCACCAAGUAUGAUCAAAACAUUAACAUGUAAACAUAAUGCCUCUAAAUGCUGAAGCACAGAAAGUUAUAAAAUGGUUAUGAAUACUUAAAACAUUUUUAAAAUCCAUUUUUUGGUGGAAAACAGCUGGGAUAGGCUCCAGCACCCCACCGCGACCCAGAAGGAUAAGCGGUUUAGAUGAUGGAUGGAUGGAUUUUUGGUGGAAAGGUACAUGUAGGGCUUUGUACGGCAAAAACAUCCCCUAGAAACAUGUUUUUUCAGCUUUACUAUUACUUUUCCAUCAUUAACGUUACAUAUAAAAAUGCGAGUAGGCUCACUGUUUUAAUUAGUCAAUAAAAUGGCUUUAUUUGUGUUGGAGACAUCAUGAUUCUGGUUCCGGUUACUAUCACUGUCACUGUAGGGGGGGGUGAAAUGGGGUAAAUUUGAUGCUUUUUGGUUAAUUUUUGGCCAUUCUGUUAUAAUGUGAUGUUAUUCAUACUGUAUUUUAUAUAAACAGAUUUUAUAGAGGACUGUAACACUGUGUAUCACAGGGGCUAUAAUAAUAAACCAGAAUAGAUUUAUAAAACCAAUAAACUCUCAUUAACUGCAUCACAGUAUUACAGCUAUGUCAUACAGUUUUUUUUUUCUUUGCCAGUUUUAUUUUGUUCUUGCCAAUUGUGUAUGUAUUGAUGCUGUUUGGGAUUUAUUUUGGGGUGUGUGUGUGUGUGUGUGUGUGUGUGUGUGUAUGUUUGUAUAAUUUAUAUACUCUGUAUCUGGUAUAUACAGAUAUUUGUAUAUUUAACAAAUAUGUAUUCUCUUAUUUCUGUAUUAUUUUCUCUUAUAUGCAUUUAAAUAAGAAUUGCAUUCUAUCUUUGAAUAUAUAAUACAAAUUAAUAUAAUUAAAAUAAUGAUUUUAUCGAUUUUUUGGGAUGUGGCAUCUUAUCAUUUUAAGGAGAUGUUCCCGUAGACCAAAAGCCUUGAAGUUUUUUCAGUCUUCAUUGAAUUUUUUUACUGUUCGAUGUUAUCUCCCACGUCUCCUUGUUCCGUUGCGUGAAUGUGUCUUAUUACAGUGAUUUCAGUGAUGCCUGUAAGGGACAAGCUGAGACCAAAGUCCCUGCCAGGGAGCCACAGGACUGGAAUGAAUGCAAAAUAAAAUGCAAGAAUUUGUGAAGUUG